AUGGCUGUCCCGCGCAUCAAGCCCGCCAUCGCCCUGACCGAGGCUGAGGAGCGCGAUGCUUACCCUCAUCCCGGUCGCCGCCUCAGCAAAUACGAGAUGCUGGACCGGGAAAAACCGCUGCCGCGUGUUCCUGUGCCAGUUCGGGGACCGUCGCCGCGUGACUUGCGUCGGCAACCAGGAAUAUGGAUGCCAUCGCAGAUGCCUGGCCAACCGUACCCUCAGCUAAAGUCACUCUUGCAGACGUCGGCGGUCUGGAAUAGCGCAAUGUCAACGCAGGAUCGGCGAAUCACAGACGACACAUCAUAUCACUCACCGAGCUUGCACACCUCAGAGAAGGUACCCCCGCAGCCGCUGGGCAGGGAUAACAGAGCGUCAAGCUUUGAUCGUGGCGCAUCGGGCUCACGAUCGUCCAAAAAGAUCAACCAGCUCAUCGGGCAUGAUCUGGAUCUUCCUUCGGUCGACCCCUAUACUCUGCAUGAAUAUACUUCAAUAUAUGGUGCAGACUUCUCCGCAGGUGCUCCGAGCUCGGACCCAGAAUCGGGAUCCGAAUCUGAGGAAGACGAGCAGUGCCGCCUAAGUCUGGAAGAGGGUCUGCUGCCCCUACUGCUCGAGAUAGACGAGGAGUGCUGGCUGAACCGCAGAGACUCGUGGGUGCCUCGGACACUCGAGACUGUGCAUGUGCCUCCACCGCUCAACGUCGGACGGCAAGAGAGAUUGCCCAGCGACGGCUCUGUAUCGCCUUGCAACAGCGAGCACAGCCCAACCCAUCCGCCGGGCGUAAAUUUUCGCCUGAGCAGCGAGAUGCCGGUGCGGUGGAACCCGGUGUACGGGCAGUUCACCGAUAGGCGUGCCGCCAAUGAUUACCAUCGAUUCGCGGCGGAGCUUGCCACCUCGUGCGGGUCUGACAAGUCGCGGAAACCAGCUUCGUCGACCUUGUCAAAGCAGCAUGGCCCGUCUGGCGAGCGUUUAAAAAAGGCCAAGACGACGGAGAAGCUACGCCAAGCGAGCACCGCGGCCAUUACCCGUCUGUGGGACAAUGCCCGGACAAAAGAUGCCAGGAAGCAAACGUCGUCGACGGUGUCCCCGGCCAUAUAUCCGCCUCCGCCGUUCGCUCCGCCACUUCGGCCACUCCCACCCAUUCCCCCAGCUGCGCCAGCGCGAGUCGCGUCUCCUGCGCCGUCUCUGCAGGAAGACACGCGCAAGAAGCACUGCCCCGCGCGACUGUCAGCCGUCGGCGUUCCGCUGCCCCCGCCGUCUCCGCAUCGGUAUACCCUCUUUCCGAGGCCCAGCACGCCGCCGCCGCCAUCAGCAAUGCAGUUUCGGACUCGGCAGCAACCCCCCGCAACGCAGAACAGCGUCUUUGACUACGGCAGCGACAACGGCGAGGCCACUGACGACGACGAGGCAGGGCGUGGCGCGGGUCGGCGAUGGUGGCGGCGAAGCGAUGAGGGGGACUGUCGCUCGUCGUCGGAAUGGCCGGCCGUGCAGCGGAUCAAGUGCCCAGAACACGACAAGGACAACAAGCCGUCGCCGUUGUCGUCUGGCAGUGACGACAAGGUGAAGCCGGCGCCGUCCACCAGCGGGGACGCCAAGGAAAGAGCGUCGUCUGCGGGAGGCGUCAAGGGCCUGUUCGCCAACGCCCGCGAUCUAGCGCUGCUCUCACCCGCGGAGCGCCGCAGAACGGACCUGCGCAAGUCGAUUCGGGUACUGCGCGCAUCGGAGCCCGUGGAGCCGCGUGCCUCUUCGGAAGUGGCAUCGCCCAAGUCCAAGUCCAAGGUUGUCAAGCCAAAAAAGACGAGACAGAUCAGGGCCUACAGCCACAGGUCGUACUUUCACAGUGUGAGCCCGGGUGUGAUUAUGUAA